ACAACCUGCCAUUCUAUCAGAUGCAUUGUGCCUGAUCUCUGUCUACCUAGAACUGGAAAGUAGUUUCCCCAAACUGACACAGAGAGCUAAGCCUGUAAGCAUGGCAGGAGGAGAAAUCGGUUCAUUUCUACUGCUGGCUUCUGUGACUAUCGUCUCAGGAACAAAUUAUUGUGGUAUCAGAGGUCCACCAGGAUUACCUGGACCAAGAGGCCCGCCAGGACAAAAAGGUAAAACGAAUAGGGGUCCCCCAGGCAUGCCUGGAUUAGAUGGACAGCCAGGACCACCAGGAGAAACCUAUGCAGGAAAACCAGGAAUACCAGGAAUACCAGGAUCAAAAGGUGAAGAAGGACUUUGUGGAGAAAUUGGUGACAUAGGACCUCAAGGAUUACAAGGACAGGAUGGUCCACAGGGACCACUUGGUACUCCCGGUGUGAAUGCAAUAUCAAAAAGUGGUGAGUCAGGUUCCCAAGGACCACCAGGUUCUCCAGGACCUAAAGGCGAAAGUGGAAUAAAUGGAGAACCAGGGUUUCCAGGUUUGCCUGGAGAAAAAGGCAGCAUUGGGAUUGGCCUUCCUGGAAUCACAGGAGAAAAGGGCUAUCCAGGACCACAGGGCAUUUCAGGACCUUCUGGAGAAAGAAUUGCAGGGACAACAGGUAUUCCUGGUAGUCUUGGCAGAGUGGGAGAGAAAGGUGAUGUAGGAAGCUCUGGUGAACCUGGAAUGCCAGGUCUGCCUGGUGAAAGAGGAAUACAAGGUCCUUCUGGGAUUUCAAUCUCAAUAGCAGGAGCAAAUGGCAAACAAGGUGUUUCUGGGCUUCCUGGGAUAAGGGGUCCUCCAGGCCCAAAGGGUGUCAGGGGUAAACCGGGCUCACCAGCUAUCGGAGGACCAGGUUUGCCAGGUAUAAAGGGUGAUCACGGCCCUGGGGGGUUUAAUGGUAAUACUGGUGAGAAAGGGGAUCCAGGAGUAGAUGGAGAAUUCGGUAUUGCAGGGCCCAAAGGAGCACCAGGGUCAAUGGGUCCAGUGGGAGAGCAAGGUUUCUUAGGCCCAAUUGGCAAUCCAGGGCCUUCAGGAGAUCCUGGAGAAAUGGGGCUGCAAGGAAUUCCUGGAUUACCAGGUGAGGAAGGACCACCAGGUUCUCCUGGAAUAGCAGGGAUUCCAGGAGAAGAAGGUAUCCGAGGGCCACAAGGACAACGAGGACCACCUGGUCCACAGGGUGAUAAAGGAUCCAGAGGUAGAUCUGGUGAGUUAGGAAUAAAAGGCCUUCCUGGUUCUCGAGGGCCUUUUGGUCAACGAGGUGCUAAAGGAUCAGAGGGACCUCGUGGAAACAUUGGUGAUCAAGGUUUAGUUGGGCCUCGAGGUCCUCCAGGGCGAAAAGGAAUCCGAGGAGAUGCAGGCCCACCUGGUCCACCAGGACGAUCCAACCUUUUCCCAUUUGGAACUCUGUUUAAGGAAGCAGUUGGUGAUGUGGAAAUACAGGGAUCACCAGGACCUCAAGGCCCCCCUGGCCCAUCAGGACCACUAGGCCCUCCAGGUCCACCAGGUCCAGCUGGGGAAACAAAUAUACAGUCCAGCAGUUACCCUACAUUACAAUGGGUAUCAGGGAUGUUUAAUACUGGGCAAGGCUUUAAAGCCACUCUCUCUACACCAUACUCAACAGCAGGGUUACCAAUAGUUUUUGACAGAAUACAAUACAAUCAAGCCAAUAUCUAUGAUCCAGAAACAGGAGUCUUUACAUGUCAGGUACCCGGCAUUUACUAUUUCUCAUAUCAUGUCCAUAUCAAAGGCAGAAGUGUUCAAGUUGCAUUAUAUAAAAAUGACAAACCAAUUCUGUACACGUAUGAUGACUACGAAGAAAGAAAAAUCGAUCAAGCCUCAGGGAGUGUUGUGCUAGAGCUUCAAGAAGUAGAUAAAAUAUAUUUACAGUUGCCUUUUGAAAAGUUUAAUGGUUUAUAUUCCUCCAGAAUAAUGCAGUCAUCCUUCUCAGGAUUUCUGAUUCACCGAACAAAUCCAAUGCAAUAGGUAGAGUUGUGAGUUGCUAAUCUCAGUGAGUGUACAACAUGACAUUUUGAAUGAUGAUAAAGAAUUUGUGAUCAGUUAUUUUAAAAAAAACUUUAAAAAAUAUACAGGUCUGCAGGAAAGGACAGAUUAAUAAAUCAUCAAGGUAUCUCUUAAUGAGUAACGUCUUUAUCUGACGACCUAUUACCUUUUUUGCUGGAAUUAUCUGGUAGAUUAAUUUAGUUUGAACAAAAUAAUGCUGUUUUGCGCAAUGAAUCAGUGUCAUGUGCAUGCUUCUGAAUACAUUAAGGAUACUUGUUGGAAAGCUAUUGAAUGUUAACUUCUCUGUCAUAUGUGAAGAGAAAUCAAAAAGAAAUCACGCCUAACUUAAAUUCCAUGUUCAGAAGUAUAAUACCAAACACACAACAAAUCUUACAAAAUAUGUAAGUAUAUGUUUUGUUGCAUUCUUGACAAAGGAAUUGCAUUCUCUUUCAUUAUAAAUAUGGAAAAGGGUUUUAAUAUCUCCAACAUCAUCAUGUGAAGUUGCUUUUGUCAUGAAUUGUAUACAG